ACCCCAUGCCGUUACUACUAAGAAACGACAUAUUCUCAAUACAUAUUCUCAAUACAUUGUGUAGACGAUACAAUUUUGUUUUUAGAUAGAAGAUUAGUUUAACACAUUCUUCAUCUUUCUCUUUUGAGGAUUUCUUUAUAUUUCAUUCACAAACAACAUAUUGUUCAUCUUCUCCAAUCUCCAUUAUUCUUCAACAAAUAUAAUUUCAUGUUGUUAAUAAUAGUGUUUUUAAGGGAAAAAGGGGUUUUAACAAUAGAAUUAAGCAUAUAUUUUCAUUAUCAAUCACACUACUAAGAUUACUGUCAAUUAUGAUGUUUUCUUUUGAACUGAAAUUGUUGGUCUAGUUUGGUCUGAUUUGAUCUGGUUUGGUCUGAACUGUUGGAGUCUGAUCUAGUAUGAACUAGUCUGGUCUGUUUAAGUGGUGUGAGACCGAAAGCUGUCCAAAAGAAGGAGGAUACCGUAAAAAGCUACGUGGGUCCAAUUCAACCAACAAUCCAACGUUUUUCUUGCCCCAUGCGUAGACUCUAGACUGUGGACUCCCCACAUUAUUCAGCGCGAAAUGGUGAAAAAGAUGCUUCACCUAUAAGCCGAUUUGCGACAUUGUGAUUAGCCCUUCGCUUAAUUACAUGUGGUUCGUCUUUGUCUGCUCCGUACACAUUGAUUAUUUUGGGUGGGUGCGAAGAACGGGGCAAACAUUAAAUUUUCUUUUACUGCAAAUGAUACAGUAGUGCAAUACUGGCUUUGUCUUCUCUCUCCCUUUUCAUUAUUCUUUGAAACCUCAUGCCCCAUUAUGUUGGGUGAUGCUUCCUCAUAUCUGUAAUCAUAUGAACAGUGUAGAAUGAUGUAGCUGAGGUUUCAUCGAUUUGAAACAAGAUCCGAGAUGGGUUUCGUAAGCACUGUAAUGGGGUUUUUUGGGUUUGGAAUAGGGAUCUCAAUUGGGCUUGUGGUUGGCUACUUCAUGUUCAUCUACUUCCAAUCAACUGAUGUUAAGGACCCUGAUAUUCGUCCUCUGGCUGAGAAAGAUUCAAAGAGUCUUCAAAAGAUGCUUCCAGAGAUACCAUUUUGGGUGAAGAAUCCAGAUUUUGAUCGGCUCGAUUGGCUUAAUAAGUUUGUUGGGGCAAUGUGGCCAUAUUUGGACAAGGCAAUUUGCAAGCAAGUAAAGCAGAUAGCGAAGCCUAUAAUAGCUGAGCAAAUCCCUAAGUACAAAAUUGAGUCUGUUGAAUUUGAAACACUUACUCUGGGCUGCCUUCCUCCUACUUUUCAAGGAAUGAAAGUUUAUUCUACUGAGGAGAAGGAACUAAUAAUGGAAGUAGCCUUGAAGUGGGCAGGUAAUCCGAACAUCCUUGUUGCAAUCAAGGCAUUUGGGCUCAAAGCCACUGUUCAGGUCCUUGACCUACAAGUGUUUGCAUGUCCGCGUAUUACACUGAAGCCAUUGGUCCCAACUUUUCCAUGUUUUGCCAAAAUACUUGUUUCUCUCAUGGACAAGCCACAUGUUGAUUUUGGAUUAAAAUUACUAGGAGCUGAUACAAUGUCUAUUCCUGGCCUUUACAGAAUUGUUCAGGAAAUUAUUAAAGAUCAGGUUGCAAAUAUGUAUCUGUGGCCGAAAACUCUAGAGGUCCAGAUAAUGGAUCCUGCCAAGGCAACACAGAGGCCAGUCGGAAUCCUUCACGUGAAGGUUGUGAGGGCGAUGAACCUGAAGAAGAAGGAUCUUUUGGGGGCUUCAGAUCCUUAUGUGAAACUCAAACUUGCUGAGGAUAAACUCCCUUCAAAGAAAACAAGAGUAAAGCAAAAAAACUUGAAUCCUGAAUGGAAUGAAGAAUUCAAUUUUGUCAUCAAGGACCCACAAUCCCAAUCUUUAGAUAUUGCUGUCUAUGACUGGGAGCAGGUAGGGAAACAUGAAAAGAUGGGAAUAAAUAUUGUCCCUUUGAAAGAUCUUACACCCGAAGAGACUAAAGUGUUGACACUUAAUCUUCUGAAAACCCUUAACCCAGAUGACCCUCAAAAUGAGAAGUCGCGGGGUCAGAUUGUUCUAGAAGUUAUGUACAAGCCUUUUGCAGAUGAUGAAAUGGCUAGUAGUACCAUUGAAGAGACAGGUGAAGUACAAAAGGCUCCAGAAGGAACUCCUGCUGCUGGUGGAUUGUUAGUAGUCAUUGUCCAUGAAGCUGAGGAACUUGAAGGGAAGCACCACACAAAUCCCUACGUUCGUUUCCACUUCAAAGGAGAAGAGAGAAAAACCAAGGCUGUUAAGAAAAACAGAGAUCCGAGAUGGAAUGAGGAGUUUCAGUUCAUGUUGGAGGAGCCACCUACAAAUGACAGGAUUCGUGUUGAGGUUUUUAGCACCUCAUCCAGGAUAGGUCUCUUACAUCCCAAGGAGAGUCUGGGAUAUGUGGAUAUCUCCCUUGCUGAUGUAGUGACCAACAAGAGAAUUAAUGAGCGCUAUCACCUUAUUGACUCCAAGAAUGGUAAGAUCCAGAUCGAGCUACAAUGGAGAACUGCUUCUUGAACAAAGCACUCCAACAUUUCGCUGUAAAAAUUUCUCUAGAAUUCCGUAGUCACGUUUUUAAGGUUUUUUUUUGUUCUGCUUUCAUUAAGGCUUCUUUGAGAUUUUUUUUAAGUCAAUGCUUCUCCUUGUCCAUAUAGGAAAGAAGGAAUUGUAUUAUUUGGCUUAGAACACGAAUCUAUUACAAUUUCAUUGUUUGUCUCCCAAUACACAGAUCUAUUCUGAAACAUGGUGUAUAAUCUUUGGAUAAAUCAAUCCUAUGGUCCCCUCUUUAUUUUUCUUCUUAGGGGUUGUUUGAUUUACAUAUUGUAAUGGACUAUAAGUUAAUAGAAGUGUAUUAAUACAUAGAAUUCCAUUUCAAGGUAUUGAAUUAAUAGAAAUUAGAAAGAGUAGC